AUUUUAUUUUCAGAAUUGUUUAGAAUACUUUUAAUAAAUAUUUGUAAUGGGAAUAGAUUGGGUUUCUGUUGCAUAUGCAGCUUCAAUAGCAGCUGGUGGAAUAUCUGGAUACUUGAAAGCUGGAAGCACAGCCUCCCUUGGAGCUGGUCUAUUAUUUGGUGGAUUAGCAGGAAUAGGAGCUUACAGAUCCUCUGUAGAUUCCUCAGAUUUGUGGCUUUCACUGGGUGUCUCUCUUUCCCUUGGUGGUUUGAUGGGCUUUAGGUUUUACGGCAGUAGGAAGUUUAUGCCGGCUGGACUUGUAGCUCUUCUAAGUGUUGGAAUGGUCGCACGGUGUGCUUAUAACCUGAGAAACGCUCCUGUUAAAAACGAAUAACCAAUUCUUGCAGUUUUUUGAACUUCUAAUUUUCCCUUUUUUUAUUCCCCCCUUUGAAUCAUGUUCUCAUCUCGGCAAAGACUUAAAAAUCGGACGACGCCAAAAGACUUGAACCGUUUCGAUUACUUGCAAGCGUUAGUUACUGAAUUCCAAGACACAGAGGACGCUGACGCACGCCUACAAGUUCUUGCAAAUCUUUCAAACUUUGCUUACGAUCCUAUUAACUUUGAAUACCUUAGAAAACUUCAGGUACCUGAGCUCUUUUUGGACUGUAUAGACGAUGAUGAAGAUCUGGCAGGUCGUACGGUACAGUUCGGUAUUGCGGGCAUAUGUAACCUUGUAUCUGACCCUAAGAACAGGGACAUUGUACUGGCCCACGAUACUGGAGUACAGUGUAUCUUCCGCUGUCUGUCUAGUCCUGAGAUUGAGACCAAAUUAGCUGCCAUUACAACGCUUAUUCAGUUAGUUAUUCCGGCCUCGCGUGACCGCAUUGUGACAUCGCAUGUUCUUGAUUGUAUGCGUAACUUUGCGCAUUCGAGUGAUUCUCGUCUGAGGAAUUUAGCUCAGGUUUUCAUAGAAGAUUAUGGAUAAAUUAUACAACUCAACAAAUGUUUCAUUUUAAAACAUGAUGGUCAUUGGAAAUUAUGGCUAAUUCAUACAACUUAAUAAAUUUUCCCAAACGUAGUUUGCACAAUUGUAAAUGUAUUUUAGCCUCGCAUGAUUAACGAAGUUAUAACACGGAUGUUUCGAUGCAUAAUUUUUGUGCGCGCUUGCAAGUUAUCACAUAUGUAACUUAGUGGGUGAUUUCUUUUUCUACACACCGGAAUAUUGAUCACGCAAAGAAAUAUGCAACACGGUUUGAAAACACUG